AACAAGACAUUAAAUUAUACCAUCAUACUCUUUAUACACAACUUUAACCAUCCAGUUCAGCGACUACGCGAAUAGUCUCUAAAUUGUGAUUUUUACUUUUAGAAAAAAAAAAACUAAGUGAUUAUGAUAUUUGAUAACUACGUUACAUCUAUAUCUUCCUUUUUUUUUAUUCAAUAAGAAAAUAUAAUUAUGUUCCAUGUUUACAUUUUUAGUAAAAGAAAAAUAGAAAGUGUCCAAGGAAUAUAAUUAAGGAUAGUCAAAAUUACAAAUAAUAAUAGAAAAUUUUAAAAUAAGGAAAUCCUUAGUUCAAUUAGAAAAAGGGAAAUAGGUAAAUUUCAUCUAUAAAAAGGAACUAUGCUGCCAUAAAGUUUUGCGUUAUUGAAUCCGAAGUAACAGUUCUCUAUAAAAGCAAGGUCUCUAUAAACUUGUCGUCUCAACUUCAUCGUCUUCACUCUUUCUCUCUUGGUUCAUCUUUUUGCUCUUGAUCGUCUCUUAAUUGUUUUGAACAAUGGAUGAAGAUUCUGAUUACUGUUACUCCUCUGAUGACCAAGAUCCGGAGUUUUCCAACGAGGAAGAGUCCAGUUUGCUACAGUCGAAGAAACCUACGAGCCUGGUGAUUACGAAGGAAGCACUUGUAGCAGCACAGAAGGAGGUUUUGGUUAGGGUUAUGGAAUUGUUAUCGGUUAAGGAGAACCAAGCGAGGACUCUUCUUAUUUAUUACCAAUGGGACGUUGAUAAGUUGUUCUCUGUGUUUGCUGAUCAAGGCAAAGAUCGAUUGUUUUCUUGUGCUGGUCUUACUGCUUUUGCUCCUUGUUUGGUUAAGUCGAAGAAGAGGAAGAAGAAGGAGAAGACGAGGACAGGGAAGAAGAAGAAGGAGAAGACGAGGACAGGGAAGAAGGAGAAGGAGAAGACGAGGAGGGUGAAGAAGACUAAGAAGAUGAUGAAGUGCGAUAUCUGCAUGGAUGAGGAUUUAUCAAAAUAUGCGAUGACAAGAAUGGAGUGUGGUCAUAGGUUUUGUAAUGAUUGUUGGAAGGGACACUAUACAGUGAAGAUUAAUGAAGGUGAGAGCAAAAGGAUUAGAUGUAUGGCUCAUAAAUGCAACACGAUUUGCGACGAGGAUGUUGUUAGGAGACUGGUUAGUCCGGAGUUAGCUGAGAAGUUUGAUCGUUUCCUCGUUGAGUCGUAUGUAGAAGAUAACAAGAUGGUGAAGUGGUGUCCAAGCACACCUCAUUGCGGGAAUGCCAUCCAAAAAAUCAAAGAUGAUGAUGGCGAGGUCGAAUGUUUAUGUGGACUUCAGUUCUGUUUCAGUUGUCUGAGUGAGUCUCACUCUCCUUGCUCUUGUUUAAUGUGGAAGCUAUGGACUAAAAAAUGUGCAGACGAGUCUGAGACUGUGAAUUGGAUCACUGUUCACACGAAGCUGUGUCCAAAAUGUAGCAAACCUGUUCAAAAGAGGGAUGGGUGCAAUCACAUGACUUGUAUUUGUGGGCAGUAUUUUUGCUGGCUGUGUGGUGGAGCUACUGGAAGAGAUCAUAGUUUCAAGAGUAUUGCAGGUCAUAGUUGUGGUCGGUACAACGAUGACAACGUGAGGCAAAUGGAGAGAGCCAAAAGGGAUUUAAACAGGUAUACACAUUACCAUUACCGAUACAAAGCACAUACCGAUUCAUCAAAGCUAGAGGAUAAACUUAGGAAGAGUAUCCUGGAGAAGGCAGUGUUAAAUUCUGAAACCAAGGAUCAAAGCGUGUUUAAAGAAUACAGUUGGAUUACAGAUGCAGUCAACCGGUUAUUCAGAUCACGACGGAUUCUUUCGUAUUCUUAUCCUUUCGCGUUCUACAUGUUUGGCGAAGAAUUGUUCGAAGAUGAUAUGAGCGAUGAAGAGAGAGAUAUGAAGAAGAACCUGUUUGAAGAUCAGCAGCAGCAACUUGAAGGUAAUGUUGAGAAACUAUCCAAGAUCUUAGAAGAGCCUUUUGAUGAGUAUGAUCAUGAGAAAGUAACAAAUAUGAAGCAUCAACUCAUCCAAUUGUGUGCUUUGGUUGAUACACUAUGCAAGAAAAUGUAUGAGUGCAUUGAAAAUGAUUUGUUAGGUCCAAUCCAAGUUGGAAUCCAUAACAUUGCACCUUACAGAUCAAUGGGAAUAGAACAAGCUGCUGAGUUUUGUGCUUCUUCCCCUUGUGGUUCAAGCGGAUCUUCGUUCGAAUAAGUUUUAAUUAUUUAUCUUCUUUU